AUGUACUAUUUUACGGAUUCUCCCACAAUUCUUACUGACUUACCCAAUGAUCUCACUUGCUCAAUUGCCUCCACUGACGACGGCAGGUUCGUUGCUGUAUCUGUGAAUAAUCACAUUUACUUUCACUGUCAAAAGUCACUGACUCUUCUCGGUCGGUAUCGACACAAUCCUCAGGCUGUGGAAACCGGUGGAAAUCUGACCGACUUAGGGUUCAUAUGCCUUCUCUAUUUGUCAGUGAGGGAGUCGGACCAGCUGGAUAAUGAAAAGUAUGUGGAUGGUCCAGAGAUGCUUCAUAACGAAGGUUUUGAUCUUCAUGAUAUUGCCAUUCAAUCGGAGUUCGGUAGCAAUGCAGUUCUGAAUCAUAUUGACCAGGCUGUGAACUGUCAGGACUUUCAUUGGGCACCCACAUUGGGCGGGUUUCUUGCCACACUCACAGAUCGCAGGCUGCUCUUGGUCAUCCUCCCUCUAUGUAGACUGGUUCCUGAGUUCAUCAGAGCAGUUUGGUUGACCUCUGUGGAAGAACCUUCUGCCAUCUCCGUCAAUAGUCGAUUUCGAGGGUUCGCUGUCGGGACCUCUAAGGGUGAAAUAAUCUCCUAUCACUUGGAAGAGAUGUCCGAUAAUCCUGUUAGCUCGCAGAAGUUUUGCCUUCCUGACUCCGUCAAGCAUGGGAUUGAAAAGAUGCCAGACUCAGUGAAGACACUCGCUUGGUCACCCGACGGCUACUGCCUUGCUGUGGCGUGGAGCACUCAUGGAAUGGCUCUGUGGAGUGUUUUUGGCUCCUUACUCUACUCCACUCUUCUUGAUCAAACUGAAGUCACUCGUUUCUUUGCACCCCUCAACUUUUGCUGGACACUGCAGGGGUUUCACUUGUGGACAGUUUCCGCAUUUGUCGGCGAUCAGGAUCGUCGUAUGAGGGAAGAGUGUUUGAACGCUUUUAAGGAGCGGAUUUUGCACAGCUGUAAUGCUCUGCCCCAAACACAGCGUCAAGUGGCCAAAAAUGUGGCAAAAAUGCGUUCCAACCUGCACCUUGAUGACGGUAGUGGUGAUGUCAAUGGUAGCCGCAAUCAGAACUUCCUCAUGGUUUUUCAUUUGGCCAAGUCGGCUCUUGCUUCCAAUCCAACAAAGGACAACCACCUCCACCUACUGCUGUGCACUGCGGAUGCUUUUAUUGUUACUAUCCGACGCUAUCUUCACUCUCGACGGGGUAUGCUCCAUGUUCCAUUACCUUCGCCCUACAUUCAAGCCAACUUUCCGCUCAAGUUCGUUGCUCUAAAUCCACAAGGCAGCCAGGCUGUUGUUGCGGGUUCUCGGGGCCUCGCUAUCUUCAUGCUGCAUUCACUCCGGUGGCGCCUCUUUGGAAAUGUCUGUCAGGAGCAGACUUUUGAGGUACAUGCAGGCUUGGCCUGGUGGGGACGCUUCGUUUGCUGCUGUGCAUUUAACUAUGCCAAGAAUCACUGUGAGAUUCGGUGCUAUCCUACCACGGAGAGACUUGACGAUCGAUUUGCCUCAAUUGUGGCUCUGGAAAGUUCCAUUCGUCCUCUUGUACUUGAUAUCGUGGGAGAUUGUCUAAUUUUCUUCUCCACCGACAGCCACUAUCGGUCAUUUGAUCUCUCUCUCGGGUCUAAACCGCAUGGUAUGUCGACUAGGAGAUCGUUUUGGUCUUUUUAA